UCUCUUUCUAUUUGCGACACAAACAAACGACAUACGACUGUCCAGCUGUCCCGUCCACUGUUGACACAGGAAGGACAAAGAAGAGAAGACAUCUAUUCACCAUCCUCCUGUUUGCGUAAAUCCACCCAACUGAAGGACACUGUCAGCGAACAGUUAGAGGCCGGCAUGCCCGCUCUGAAGGCUCAGGUUAUCAAGCUUUACAAGACGCUGCUCUACCUCGGCCGCGAGUACCCCCAGGGAGCGGCUUAUUUCAAGGGGCGCCUCAAGUCGGCCUUCAUGAAGAACAAAGACGUGACCGACCCGGAGAAGAUCCAGAAGCUGGUGGCCCGGGGCGACUUCGUCAUCAAGGAGCUGGAGGCUCUGUACUUCCUCAGGAAAUACAGAGCCAUGAAGAAGAGGUAUUACGACCCGGAAAAAUAAUGCCGCACACGGAGGACGCCCGAUGAUAAUUCAGGCUGUGAGGAAGAAACGGCCAGCCAGUCAGCCGCAGAUGCCCCUAACUAAUAAUUAAAGCUUUUUCUCACAAGGCAAAAGAAGGAUCCAUCCGUAGGAAGUGUCAGAAAGAGACGAUAAUGAAGCUUACAGAAUGUGCUUUUUAUUUUUUAUACCAAACUUGGAACCUAAAGGCCAGCGUUUAAAUUCACCAAUACUGUAUAUAUGUUCAUAUCCUAGAUGCCCGUUCAAAACACUUCUAAAUGUCAGUGGCCUAUCAGACUCCCUGUACUUUAUUGUACAAUGUAUUUUUGGUGUAUUUAUUUGUAAUUACAUGGUCAACGUCUUGUCAAUGUGAUUGUGCAUUGAUACAAUAUCAUUUACAAAUACAUCUGGUGUCAAAAAUAAAUAUAAAACCAUUUUUCUUCAAUAUAA